CACAAGCAGCAACAAGCUAGUCCACUGACUGAAGUGUGUGACUGAAGUGUGACGUUACUCUCGUGCGGAGGUGAUGCAGUUGCGCAAACGUUAAACUGGUGUUUCUAUCAGAAGUUCAUGUAGCGUGUUAGCUGACAGGCUAUUAGCAAUGCCAUGCUAUGUUAUGAUGCAGCUGGAGUUAAGGUGGGUAUGUUCUAAUAACGCUACAUGUUACAUGAACGUCUGAUAGAAACACCAGUUUAAUGUUUGUGUAAUUGCACCAUGUCUCACUGAAUAUGAGCCAUCAUGUCUGUCCUAUCAUUAAAUAUAAUUAAAGUCAUCAGUCAGUGGACUAUCUUGUUGCUGUGUACUGCUUGUGAAGCUUUCAGGAUCUGCUGUGCCACGUCAAAGGACUGCAACAACUUCCUUGUUUAUUAGCCAAUAGGUGCGUGGAGGCAAAUUAAGGUCACGUUAUUUAACUUAAAAAUUUAGCCACGAUUUGUGCGUAAUUUUAACACUCCAAAUUGUGUAAGUGUAAGCAUGGUAUAGCCCCACUAGGUCUACAAGUGCAAAUCUGGUUACGCACACACAGAUCGGUUAAUGCACACAUAGAUCAGUGUACGUACGCACAGAUUGGUUUACGCAUGCACAAAUCUAAUCGCACCCUAAUAUAACGCCAUAGAUUUCUGUUUAUCCCAAGUAUUUUCCUAACAUGUUUACCAAGUACGGCUUCACACGUUUACAGUAAACACUUUAUGUAAAACCAUGUCACCAUUGUGUCCCUUAGUAGCUACUGCUUAGGAAAAUGUCACACACUUUAUUGUAGGUUUUCUGGAGAUUGUGUAUCUUCCCCCAGGCACGGGAGAUUUCCGCACAAGUAACGAAGGAAAAGGCUUUUGUAAGCCUCGAAUAACUGUAAAUAACUCCAAACUCAAAAUCUGCAUCCGAAUGAGAGGCAGCACCUUUAAAUCUAACUGGUGUACAAUUCUUAGCACAACACCAUUAUGUGCGGUUUCUGUACUUUGUUGAGGAGCGCUACAGAUGUCCUUUAAGAAACCUCAGAGAACAGGACUUUGACUGAGUUGCCAACUGUUUAUGCAUCUGGUACAAAGACCUGCGUAGAUCUUACUGGAGGUUUCUGUGGGGAGAAGACAGGAGCCAGACAGGCGACAGUCAGCGCUGUCUUGGCCUCAGGGCAGAGGCACGGAGCGAGCUGGCAAGCCAAUGAGAAGGAUACAUCCGCUCCCCUCUGCCCUGCCCGGCUUGGCUCAGCUCAGCGCGCCCUGUAAUUACGAGCUCUAGUUGGGCUGGGCGCCGCCACGGUGGACAGCCUGGCUGCUGCGUAAAGGGAGUUUUGGGAACGGCAGCUCCAGACGUGUGCGUGGACUUCUGAGCACUCCCAAUUUCUGUUUUCUAACGAAGAAGAGAACAAUACUGAAGAUGAAUGGGCAGGUUUCAACUGUCUUAAGGGAGAAGAAGCCGUCGCUCCCUGUGGUUGGAACUUCGUUCUCGUCCACCAAGGAUUCCCCGACCCUGCCAGAGUCCUCUUCCACAGACAUGGGCUUCUACAACAGCCAGAGCGCGAUCCACGGCUCGCAGGAUUUCUACCCAGUGCAGCAGGCCUACUCCACUGAGCACAUGAACCCAUAUGCCUAUCACACCUAUAACUUGAACAGAGUGGGCCCUGGAGGUGCCUACCCUGUGGGCAAGGCAGAGUAUCCCUACCCUCAUUCAACGUACAGAGAGCACGGCUCAUUUAGCAGGGAGGUGGAGGAGGAGAACAGUGUGAAAGAAGAACCAGAUAUAGAGGUUCGAAUGGUCCACGGGAAACCCAAGAAGGUGCGCAAACCUCGAACAAUCUACUCCAGCUAUCAGCUCGCAGUCCUGCAGAGGAGAUUCCAGUCUGCCCAGUACCUGGCUCUGCCAGAGAGGGCUGAACUGGCUGCACAGCUGGGUCUUACACAGACACAGGUCAAAAUCUGGUUCCAAAAUCGUCGCUCGAAGUUUAAGAAGCUUUACAAGAAUGGAGAGUUUCCACUUGGGGACAUUCCUCUUGAAAACAGUCCAGAUGCCAGUGAUUCAAUGGCCUGCAACUCUCCUGCCUCCCCUGUAGUAUGGGAAAACAACAACAACAACAGCAGCAACACAACCAAUGACGGUGAUAUGAAAAAUAACGCAUUGCUGGAUCCUGCCAGUAGUUACCAGCCUCCAGCCGAUUCCUCGCCAGCAUACAUGGGGGAGUACACGCACCAGAACUGGUACCAGCAGCAUGGUACACAUUUAAGUCUGCAACCCACGGGGCAGACGCACCAUGCAGCAUCAGCAGCAUCUUCAGCCGCACAGAGCAUGGAAGUCGUUUACUGAAGUUUGUUUGCUACUACUCUUUGCUGUCUAUGGGAGUGCCGUGACGACACAGCAGGUUCUGGAGCUGUGUGUGUGUGACCAAAAACACCAGUGAUCCUCAGACACGAGUUGCACAUAUGUUGUAAAAUAGGCUCAGCAGUAAAUGUCAUCCUGUUCACUCCAGCUCUAAUGUUAAUGAAAACCGCUUGUAGCAUAGCUUUUGUGGGGUUUUCAGCGCUGAGACCGAGAUUUUUUUAUUUUAAAUCACUGAUAAUAUUUAGUGUAUUUAAUAGUUUAGACAUUACCCUAUUUAUGGAAGGAAGUUAUAUUGAUUCAGUAUGUUAGGUCGUUUUUGCAAGUAGUAGGCCUUUGAUCAGCAGCUUAUAUAUAUAGAAUUGAAUGAAUAGUACUGAAAUGCGACCAGUAACUAUAUGAAUAAGGCUGAAACAUGAGUGGCACAGGGUUUUGUAUUUAGAGGGAAUGAAACUAUUUUUACUAGCUUUGGUCAGUCACAAUGUUGAAGGUGGACAACAUUCAAAGGGCCCUAACCUCUCUGAAUACACUAAUAUGACGGCCCAAGUAAAAUCUAGAAAAACACACAAACGAACCAUGACACAGGGUUCUACUUGACAUCAAAGUUACCAUUGGUCUAUUUAGUGCCUUCCGCUAGAGAAAAGUACAUGGCUAAAUAUGACCAGAACUGCAUGUGGGCAAGACGACUACAAGAUUAUGUUUUUUAGUGGCGUGGUAGUUCAAUGGGUAGUGCGUUGUUCCGUGAAGCAAAUGGUCACCAGUUCGAGCCCAGUUGAUCCCACCAGGUGUGUCCCUGAGAAAGACACUUCACACAACCCCCCCGAGCGCCCCCAUGUGUAGUUGCCCACUCCUCCCCUGGUGAGGGGAUGUGGUCAAAUGCCGUCAGUGCCGGCUCUGGGCAUAGGCGAAUUAGGCAGUUGCCUAGGGCGCCACCUGCUGAGCGGGCGCCGCUCCAAGCCUUAAGAAAAAAAUGUGCGUAAACGUGCCCGGAGCUAAGCAGAAGGGCGCAAAAUCACAAUCUCUCCGCCCUGCAAAAUCACGUUUGCGAGCCUGGAGGUGGGCGCAUAGACGCGAUCGCAUACUGGGAGGGGGACGUAAUUGCGAUCGCAUCCCGGGGGGUGGAGAGGUGGUGAGUAAAGUUCGCCAAAUCAUGACCUCGCCUAGGGUGCCAACUUGGCCCUGCAGUGAACACAAUUGCCCCAAGGGGAUCAAUAAAAUAUGUCUUAUAUUAUUAUAUCUUAUCUUUUAACAGCAGCUACAUGUCAGAAAGACAAAUCUCUGACUGUCCCACCAGGCAGACAUGCAGUUCAUUUAUUACUGUAGGUAUAUCUACAUCGAUAAAUUGGCUUAUAAGUAUAUAUGGUUACGUAACAGGGCCACGCAUAGGCGUGUUGACCCUGUGAUGGACUGGUGACCUGUGCAGAGUGAACCAGUGCCAGAAAGCCCAGAAAUUUGGGUUCACCCCUGGGUCCAUUAAGACAAUAAAUUGUUAUGUUAUUGGAUGCAUAGAUACAGAUUUAUAGAUUUUUACCCGAGGAGGCAUCAGUUAGGAAAAUCUUAUUCUAGUUGUGGGUUUUUCAGAACCUUGUAAGCCAUUCCUGCAGCAGUAACUGUCUACUCUUAACUGUCUAUGUUUUGUUGUCCCUUCUAAUGUUUGAAACAUAAAGGUUUGAUUAACAAGGGGUUGCUUUAUCGAAUCUACCUGGUUAGAACUUUUUCACUUUUUGUAUACACACCUGUAUAGCAACAAAUUGUGCAAUGUUCUGAAAUGCUGCUCUAUUAUGUUAUAGUUCUAUAGUACAUGUCCACUGUCCCCCAUUUUAUUUAUACUGGUCUGUGACUUGUCGUGUUGUCAGAUAUUAGAUAUAAACAAAGACCACAAAUGCAGGUUACCCAGAUCUGUUGUUGAUGAACCAGAUGGCUGAGUGAGUUACAUGUAAUAAAAAAGUCAGCUAUAAUAUACAUCUAACCUCAGUGGAUUAUUUACCCGUGCCAAUAUCAGUGGUGUCCUAGCAGUGUGUCUGUCUGAGUGAGUCAGACAACAGAAACAGGUUACACAGAUACACACACAAACAGUACUGCGUGUAAAGGCUGUGGGAGGUGCAGCAGACACUCUGGAGUCUCUGGAUACUAAUAACACACUGCUGACACACAGACGAGUGUACACUGCUUUUAUGUGCUGUUUGGAAGUGGCGGAAAAGUGUGUGUUGUCAUGGACUCAGUCACUGCACCAUUGUUUAUGUUCAUUUCCGGUUUUAUGUUCUUGUCACGUCCUGCCUCGGUCAUUAUUAGUUGCUGCCAGCUUUACUUCCUGCCCCAGACCACACACCUGUUUCCCAUCUAGCCAUCAUUCGCCACUACUUAAGCACCACC